UCCUCCACAAUAGAGUAGGGGCACUUUAGUAAUUUCGCAUACACUCGCCACAGUAAUUAAAUUAAUCUUCUCCUCUAUAAAUCAGCCACCCCCAUCACCUCCCCCACACACACCAUUUUUACACACAGUGAUUGAGAAAAACACACACACACACUGAGUUAGAGAGAGAAAGUUAGAGAGAGAGAAAUGAGGCACACACCUUCGCAGCCGCUGUCUUCCAGCCAAACAUUCUGGCACUGGAAUUCACCAUUGCCUUACCUCUUUGCUGGAUUAGGGCUCAUGUUAUUACUAAUCGCCACUGCCCUAAUCAUCCUCGUUUGUUCCUACCGUAAACGGCCAUCCAGCCAGGAAGAAGACGGCGGAGUGAAGGCGGCGCAGCCAUCCGCAUCCGCCGCCGUGGCCGACAACACGCCGAAGAUUGUGGUGAUCAUGGCCGGAGAUGACAACCCUACCCAACUCGCGAUUCCCAUCGAGUACUGUGUUUGCAAAGUCUGAUCUUAAUUAUUAUAUGAUCAUGAUUUUGAAACCAGGAAAAAAUUUUGUCCGGUAGAAAAAAAAUUUAGGAAUAUUAAUUAGGUUAAUGUUUUUGUUGUGGUAAUAAUAAUUGGGGAGAGAGAGAGAGAGAGUUAAUUACCUUUAAAUCAGUUCUGCAGAAUUACUGUAAAUUGAUUUAUGAGUGUAAGUAGAAUUAAAUAUCAGUUUUUAAUUAAUAUGUGUAUUAAUUAUCUUUAUCAUUU